CCCCCUGAGCACGGCAUGCCGCCUGGACCUGGCAGCAGCGCCCCCAACAGUCCCAUGGCCCUGCUCACCCUCAGCUCCAACUGUGAAAAAGAAGUACGUCUACAGAUGGAUGAUGUCAUCGAUGAUAUUAUUAGCUUGGAGUCAAGUUACAAUGAAGACGUUCUUGGACUGAUGGACCCAGGACUCCAAAUCAACAACCAGCUCCCUGUGUCUGGCAACCUUCUUGAUAUUUAUGGUAAUCAAGGACUUCCACUCUCGGGCCUCGCCAUCAGCAACUCCUGUCAACCCAGCAUUAAAAGGGAAUACUCAGCUCCUGGCAUGAAGCAAGUACUGGACAAGUCUGGAUCCUGUAGCCAGUAUGAAAACUACCAAAGGCAAGAGGGCUUUCCAGUAGAGGCUGAGGUUCGUGCUAUGGCUAAAGAGAGACAAAAGAAAGACAACCACAAUUUAAUUGAACGCAGACGGAGAUUCAACAUCAACGAUCGCAUUAAAGAGCUUGGAACUUUAAUCCCCAAGUCAAAUGACCCAGACAUGCGCUGGAAUAAGGGCACCAUUCUGAAAGCCUCGGUGGACUACAUCAGGAAGCUGCAGCGGGAGCAGCAGAGAGCCAAGGACCUGGAGUGCAGACAGAGGAAGGUGGAGCACGCAAACCGUCACCUGAUGCUGCGUAUACAGGAGUUGGAGAUCCAGGCCCGCGCUCAUGGUCUUACAGUGGUUUCAUCCCCAUCUGUCUGCACGUCAGAGUUAUUGGCCCGAGCCAUUAAACAGGAGCCUGUCCUUGGCGACUGCCCCUCAGACCUCUACCACCACAGCUCGGACCCCGACAUGUCCCCUCCAACCACACUGGACCUGAACAAUGGCACCAUCACCUUUGACCAGAUCCCUUCAGACGGUGGGGACCCCGGCCCCUAUGGAAACUCCAGGACCUGUAAAAUGAAGGGGUUGGUGAGGGACAGCCUGUCGUUGAUUUCCUCGAAUGAUCCCCUGAUGUCCUCUAUGUCCCCAGACGGCUCCGACAACGCCAGCAGCCACCACAGUUCCAGCUCCAGUAUGGAGGAGAAGGAGCACAGCUGCUAGCAUUGUCCAUUUGUAGCACCAUUAAUGAGGCGCCUACAUUAUAGUGACUUAAAGGUAUCCACAUGACGCAGUGGAUGAAGGAACUGAGAAGCCCAUUUCAUCUUGAUCUCAAAUUUUUAUCAUUGUUUGCUCAAAUAUUGCUGAACUAUUUUUAUUUUGUUGUGAGCUUUCAUGCAUUUAUCCAUUGUGCACUCUAUUGAUACAGUCAUAUGAUCUCAAUUCCACACAGAUGGAUAGCUCAGAAUUACUUGACAAGCAAAUGUGAGGCUACUGAGAAAUGUCUGCUGUCAGUAUAGAUUAGUCAACAUUAUAACUUUAUAGUUUUUAGCCUUUUUAAUUGUUGUUGUUUUUAAAUUUUGAUAUUUUCAGAGAUACAUACAGGGUACUGAGCUGUCCUUGGCAAUUGGGAUAACAUACAUGUGAAAACUUACUUCACAUGUAUAUAUGAUGUAUACAAUAUUGAGAGAGAAGUGCAAAUUGCUGAUGCUUAAACUUGCCAGAAGAAACCUUUGGUUGACUGGAUGUAAAAUUCUAACUUCUGGUUAUUCAAUUGCAAACAAAUAUGCAUAUAAUUACUUAUGAAGUAUAAAUAGACUUGUUUCUAAACAUAUUUAAGUUGUAUUAUUUAAACUCCAUGCUCUAAAAAUCUUUUGAAGAACUGAUAAAUCAGAGGUGACCAAAUGAGAAUAACUGUUGUUAAUAUGGGGUAUUAUAUUAUUACUAUCAUUUAUUUAUUUUUAUUAUAUUUUUUCUAUUUCUAUUCACAAAGAGCUUGCUGGGUUUGUAUCAGUUAUGAAUACUUGUUUUUAUCUGAGGAAUUUAAAACAUCAGUGAUCUUUUCCUAUUCUCACUUGUUGUCAGAUAUCAGAAACUUUCCUAAUUUGUAAUUACGGGCUAGUUUUUAAGAGAAUUUAGAAACAUGACAAUAUAAUGUAAAUGUACCUUAUAUUGAUAAUGUAUGA